AAGAUGGCGGAGGGGCAGGAGAGGAAGUUGGAAGCAUGGAGAACUGCAGAGCUUUGCCCCAAGUCCCAUUGUCAGGAAGUCUGGCUUUAGACGCUGUACCUUUCUGCCUCCCAACAGUCACAGCAUAUAUAACCAGCACUCGAUAAGAGUGGGGACUUGACUCUUGAUGAAGAAGCUAUAAUCUGGGCAUAAAAAUUCUGCCCUUCACGCAGCCGAGAUGUGAGAGGAGCCCUUACCCCGUUCAUUGAAAUCAGGAGUCAACCAUUUGCUUUUUUGGCCUCGUCUGUAAAGUCCUGGUGCUCGAUGGCCGAGGUCAUCUCCUGGGCCGCCUAGCGGCCAUCGUGGCCAAGCAGGUGCUGCUGGGCCGGAAGGUGGUGGUGGUGCGCUGUGAGGGCAUCAACAUUUCUGGCAACUUCUACAGAAACAAGUUGAAGUACCUGGCCUUCCUCCGUAAGCGGAUGAACACCAACCCAUCGCGUGGCCCUUACCACUUUCGAGCCCCCAGCCGCAUCUUUUGGCGUACCGUGCGAGGCAUGCUGCCCCACAAGACCAAGCGAGGCCAGGCUGCCUUGGACCGCCUCAAGGUGUUCGAUGGGAUCCCGCCACCCUAUGACAAGAAAAAGCGAAUGGUGGUCCCUGCGGCCCUCAAGGUGGUGCGCCUGAAGCCCACACGGAAGUUUGCCUACCUGGGGCGCCUGGCCCAUGAGGUCGGCUGGAAGUACCAGGCAGUGACAGCCACUCUGGAGGAGAAGAGGAAGGAGAAGGCCAAGAUCCAUUACCGGAAGAAGAAGCAGCUCAUGAGGCUACGGAAACAGGCCGAAAAGAACUUGGAGAAGAAAAUUGACACAUACACAGAGGUCCUCAAGACCCACGGACUCCUAGUCUGAGCCCAAUAAAAUUGACUGUUGAUUCCUCAUGCUUGGCCUGGCCUGCCCUUCCUCCAUCGCCGCCCUAGGAUGUGGGGGACCCCCAGGGGCUGUUCUGGGGCCUGGGGCACCCUGGGCCUUAGAAGGCUGGGAGCACAGAAGGGGCCAUAGUCACUGCUGUUUAAGAAACGCCUUUAAAAAGCAGAUGUGCCUCUAAAAGCUGUGCAGCAUAGUUUGCCUGUGACCUACUCAUUCACAGGAGUUCUGGGAAACCAACCCUUGGAACAGCUAGUUCCCUCUCAGUAGUUAAAGAUGAGCUGGAAAACUCCAGAACUCCCCACAUGGUCAGACCCCAGGCCCUGCAGCCGGUAGGGUGUGAGCGCGCACGGGAACUGGACGAACUCGGUGUUGGCCGAGGGCACUUAGAGAUGCGCAGCCUCAGAGUCACAGGCGUCGCCCUUGCACGCUCCUGUACCUUGUGAUCACACGUGAAUAAAUUAUUUUUAAAGAAA